UCGAUGCUGUGAGUUUUGUCAAGUGCUGUCAGUAGUGUCAGAGCAAUUUUUGAUCUCCUGGGCGAGAAAAAGGGCAAAAAUGCUUGGGAAAAGCCCCAAAAAUCAUCAAUAGAAGUGCUCUGUGGUGUAUAUUGUGGAGAUUGUGUAUCUAUGGACAGGUGUACUUGUGCAAAUGUGACCAAUCCCUGUGAAUUUUCCGUGUACGUGGUUUUUCCGUGAUUGUCAUGGCGAGAUCACGGCAUUGAUUGUAUUUGAGUGAAAGUGCCAAAAAAUCACCUUUAGCCCAUCAUCUAGCACCUGCUGCCCACUGAUUCAUCUCACCAGAGACUCUGUGGACACUUUGGCACAAUGCACAGUCUCUAGUGGGCAAGGUUUUCUGUGUUUUUUUUUCAAUUGUGUGGACGCACCAACACCCACGUCAAUUUUACUGGCAGGAAGGUCUCUUGGCGGAAGAGAUAGUGUGUGAUUUUCCCCACAGCACCAUACGUCAAUUUAUCAGUGCUGAUGGCCGUGCCUCCGCCACCAGCCCCACCCGCUCCGCCGCCACAGCCCGUGGCUAAAAUUGGUGGCGGAUCAUCGGGUGGAGGAGAUGCCCGGAGUGCCCUGCUGCAGUCCAUUCAGAAGGGCACGAAACUCAAGAAGACUGUAACGGUGGAUAAGAGUGGCCCUGCCCUAGCGGGACGUGUCACAGAUGGGGGCACCCCAACAAGAAGCCAAGGAAGACGACCAGAUGGUGUGGAUGGGACGUCGAGAGGAGGAGAAGCGCCCAAACUGGCAGGAAUCUUCGAGGGGUUGUCGUCAAUGCCAAAGCUUAAACCCGUUGGACAGAGAGGAGGUACUCAGGUGAGCCCCGUUUCACCAGCGAGGGAUGUUGUGGACGCCGAUGCGAGCCGGAAUGACAGGGUAAAUGACAAUGUAGCUCUGGAUUUUAAUUCUGAGCUUACGAAGCAUUUAACCCUGAAAAAGCAGAAGCAGCAGCAGCAGCAACAGAAGAGCGUCACCGAAGCCAACCUGAAGAUUAACCGGGGUCCUCCGCCGAAUCCACCAAUGAAGACUAGCACAAUUACACCUCCGGACAGUGACUCCACCAGAGGAGCUUCAUCUCACUCUCCGGAAUCAAAGAGAUUCCAAAAUGUAUCAAGCAACUCCUCAGGAAGUAGUGCUGAGAGUUCGGCAGGACUCCCGGGUAGUGUUGUUGCCAAUAAAUCCUCCUUGUUCAAUACAAUGGCCAAUCAGCCGAUGCAGAUUCAUAAACCAAAUCAUGGAAAGCCGAAUUUGGCACCAAAGCCACCUGGAGCACCACCUGGGAGUGCUCAAAAUUCCGGAAAAACAUCCGUUGCUAGACAUCACAGUAUGAAGUCACCCAGGCUGCUUCGUCUUAACCGGGAUGGAACGUACUAUUUUUUCGAGUGCACUCGAGACACAUCACCUCCGGUGACACCAUCAAAUCUGGGAGGUCCUGUCUUUCCCACUGGAAGUCAUUUUGGGACACUUCGAGGGACUCAGAACCUUUUUCAGUCACAAGAAUCUAUUCAUGUCAACGGAAGGCCUUCAGGGCGUCCAACUGUGGCUCCACCACCUCGACCGCCGGCCAGUCGUCCUCCUCCGCCUCCAAUUCGCAGUGUAUCCAAUACAAAUCUCUCCAAUCUUCCUCCAAAUUCCCUUUCGACGCCAAUCUCUGAUCCCCAGGCCAAUUCCUCAUCCCUCAACAAUGUGUCUGCAUUGAAGGAGCAACUGAAGAAUCAGAUUCCAACGCAAUCGGGCACAGUGACGACGAGACCCAGCGAGACAAAGGUGGUUUGUGCCGUCAAUGGAAAUGUUGCACCUCCAUUGCCGCCUCAUAGAACGUGUCCAGCGCCUCCGCCUCCCGUCACGCGACAAGUCAAUAACGCCAGUAAUGUUCCUCCAGUUCCGCCCCAGAGGCAUUCUUCCAUAAGGAAUUCAGCAGGAACGACGAGUAUGAGUGGAAACUACCAAGGAGAGAGUGUAGUUCAGGAGAGCAUAGGCAAUGGGAGACUUGUGAUUGAUCUAGAGGCGAGAUUUGCCAUGAGAUUUCACAAUGUCACGGAAUUUCCAAAGCCACCACCAUUCGUAAAUAGUCCCAAAAUGUAUGCGAGCUCCCAUUCAAACAGGACAUCUAAUGUUGGAGAAUCGCGCAAACAACGAGCCCCAAAGCCUCCAAAUCAGCAGCAGUGUUCACCAAAGCUCAAUGAAUACAAUUACUUUUCACAAGAAAUAUCCAAUUGCUAGAAUUCACUCACGUUUUUUUUUUCCACGAUUAAUAAAUUAGUUUAGUCGGUUCUCUUUGGAUAAAUGCAAUAUCACAAUGUAAAUAUGGUUUUUUUUUAGUAGAAAAUAAGAUGACAAAAAAAUCGCUAGAAAACAAUUUUUAGGUAAAAGAGAAAUAAUGUAAAAAAAAGAAUUGUACAUAAAAUUGGGAAUUACUUUGGAUUGAGGCAUUAUUUUAUUUGUUUUUUUUUUCAAUUUUGAUUUAUUCUUGUGUUUUAUUACAUUUUCUUAAAAUGUUUUUCUAGGAUAAAUAUUUUACCAUCGAAAGAUGUACUUCCAUGGAAUGCAUUUUCCUAAAAGAAAAAGUAAGAAAGAAAGAAAAAAAAUAAAAAGAAAAUACCUACCCAAAAACACAAAGAAUAGAUGCAUACUGUAAAGAGAAAGCCUGUUAAUAAUAGGAUUCAUCGAAGAGAAAAUCCUCAACAAUAAAAUAAUUAAUAAAUAAAUAAUUUUAGAUUAAUUUAAGGGUGUGUAGAUAAAAGGAAAAACAAAAAGGGAAAUUCCAGAAAAUGUUUUUAUUUAAAUUAAUCUUUUAAUUCCUCUUUUUUGUAUUAUUUUGUUUCUUUUCCUUACUUCAGGUUGUACUUAAAAAUUUAAAGAGCAUUUUUUCUAUAAUAUAUAUUUUUUAAAAAUACUAUACUUUUCUUGUGUGUCUGUGGGUGAACCCAAAAAGUGGGAAAAUUUAAAAUGAAGGAAGGAAGGAGUAUAAAUUGUAUUAAUGUUAACCGAUGCAUAAUCAACUGGAGGAAUUAAUUAGUGAGAGCAGGAAAAAAAAGAUAGUUUUUAUUUGAAUAGUUUUUAACUAUACUUAUUGUCCUCUAUUGUAAACUAAUUGUUAUAUUUUUUAAAAUCAUAUUUCAAAAAGAAUGUUGUAUUUUUUCGCCAGUUACAAUUAGCAAUUGUAUUUUACAUAUUUUUAUUUUUUUCCUUGGCGACGUUAUCGGAAGUUAAUAAAUUUAAAUACUAGUCAAAUGAAAUGAUUAACAAUAAAAUGAUAAUCCCAAAA